ACAACAUAGCAUCAGCAAUAACAAACAACAACAUAGCAUCAGCAGUAACAAACAACAACCGCAAUGGAAAAUUUCCUCAUCAUGCUUCUCAUUGUCAUCAUAAGCAUUCUGCAAUUCACAACAACAGUUUCUGAAAUGUGCAACCCGCAAGAUAAAGCUACUCUACUGCAGAUUAAAAAAGAACUUGGCCACCCGGCCAAACUCUCGUCCUGGGAUCCAACCACAGACUGCUGCGGUAAAUGGGUGGGUGUCGCCGCUUGCGACAACCACACUCACCGUGUCACCGACCUUCUCCUCAACCAACUCGACCUCUAUAAACCACUUUAUAUUCCACCCUCCAUUUUUAACCUCACUUCCCUCUCCUCCAUCAUUCUUGCCUCCACACCUAACCUCAUUGGCGCAAUCCCUCCCUCCAUCACCAACCUCACCAACCUCACGUCUCUCCAAAUCUUCAAAACCGGCGUCUCGGGUGAAAUACCCCACACUCUCUGGAAAAUCCAAACACUCUCUACCAUUGUUUUUGAACAAAACAAACUUACCGGUCCUCUCCCGCCCUCACUCUCCUCUCUCCCCAACCUCUUCUUUCUCUCCCUGGACUACAACCAACUCACCGGAACAAUUCCAAACUCCUACGGCUUCUUUUCCAAAUCUCUCCAAAUGCUCUCUCUUUCAAAUAACCGCCUCUCUGGAAAAAUCCCACCGUCUCUCCAAAAACUCAAAGUCAAGUAUGUCAACUUGGGUCAGAACUCCUUGGAGGGCGAUGCUUCAAUGCUUUUCGGAUCGAAGAAAAGCACUGAAGUAAUAUUUUUGGGUGAUAAUUUUCUUACCUUUGAUUUUGAGAAACUAGGACUGGGGACGAAUUUGCAAUCGGUUGAUUUGAGGAACAACAGGGUCUAUGGUAAGCUGCCGGCAGGACUGACGAAACUCAAGCUUACUGCCUUGAAUGUUAGUAACAAUAAUCUGUGUGGACAAAUUCCACAAGGUGGGAAGCUGCAGAGUUUCAAUGAGUCCUGUUAUGCUCAUAACAAGUGCCUCUGUGGUUCUCCUUUAACAGCAUGUAGAGCUUGAGGUAAAUAUGUCGGCCAAUAAAACUACGCAAGAACUGAUUAUGAUGCACUGGAGAAAUAGAAGAGCCAUAUUCUGAAGAAACCAAAAAUGUCAAGGAAGAGUAUCCUUCACAAGUGAAAAUAGGCCAGAAUCUGUAUAAUUUGGGUUAUCAAAUAUAACAUUGUUUUCAUCUGAAAUGUAGUUCCAAUGUAACAAAUUGAAGGUUUUCCCAAGAAUGUGCAAUUUAAAGAUCAUGUCUAAACCUUUCUUUAAGUUAUGCCUCAGGCUACUCAAUAUAUUGACAGACUAUUUUGUACAUACCAUACUGGUGACUUGUUGAUUUAUUUUGCUCUUCAAUACGUCUUCAAUAAA